AUGCCAUUUGUAGCAGCAACGUCAUCGUCAGUAUCGCGAGCACAGAUUAAUAAUCGGGAUCUCAUGUUCAAAAUGAAAUGGACUUGUGAGCUGUGUGGUAAAAAGCUUUCAUCGAAACGUUCUUACGAUGAGCAUCUCAAUGUACAUACCAAUUUGCGACCAUUCGCCUGCAAACAUUGUGGAUAUGCUGCUGCCAGCCAAAUGACUUUGAGACGGCAUACUUUACGGAAUCACAUUCCACGUCAAGCAUGGGGCUACCAAUGUCCGUACUGCAAUGAAAUGUACAUGGAACCUGCAAGCUAUCAACAACACAUUGGAUCGCAUCAUUUUGGCCUUUCAGCAACGUUUGGUUGUCCACUACAAAGAUGUACUUUUACAACUUGUUCGUCAGCUUUCUUUCGUGAUCAUUUAGAAAAACAUACUAAUUUAUCUUCGGACAUCCGCGAAGAGGCCAAUUACAGACUCUUCAGAUUCGCUGUGGAUGACAGAUUUGGCGUUGGUUACGGCCGAAGGUCAAUUGAUAUUCGACGAUUGGAGGUUUUACAAAGAUUGGAAUCGUUAAAGAAUGAUAAGGAAUACAUGAAAACUCCGCUCAAAAUACAAGGGAUCAGAAAAGGUGACAAAAGAAAAAAAAAUGAAGUAAAGUUGCCUGAUAUGAUCAGAGGAUCUCAGUAUUGUGUCUUUGAACCAGAAGAACUUGAUUUCUUGAAUGAUGAUAUUAAUCUUCCUGAAGUUGUUGUCAACAAUUUUGUCGAUUGCCUUCAAGGAGGCAUGGUUGAACCGGAACUUGAUUAA